UUCCUUCCCUUUGCCCUGGCCCCUUGGUCUGUAUAUUCGGCCUCCCGGGCGCCCCCUCCUCUUGCUUGCUAAUGCUUUCUCGGCUCUCUUCUCUUGGUUUCCCCUUCUUCUUCUCCCUUCUUCAUUAUCGUCUCGCCAAGUGCGGAGCCUUCGUUAGGGCAUUAGGAUUCUAAUCAGGCGCCAUGGCUGCGAGGAUCUGUUCGCGGAAGGCUGUGAAGGAGGUGACUCAGAAAUUUAGCUUGUACAGGGUGGUCGGCCAUCGCGGCUACGCUGCGGCUGCGGGAGCAGAUGCUGCUGAGAAUGAUGUCAUUGUUGUCGGAGGAGGACCCGGCGGGUACGUUGCGGCCAUCAAAGCUGCGCAGCUUGGAUUUAAGACGACUUGUAUCGAGGGCCGAGGCUCCCUAGGAGGCACCUGCCUGAACGUCGGAUGUAUUCCCUCCAAGGCUCUUCUUCAGUCGUCUCACAUGUAUCACGAAGCCCAGCAUAGCUUUGCAGCACAUGGAGUGAAGGUGGGAUCCGUAUCCAUCGACCUUCCUGCUAUGAUGCAGCAGAAAGACAAAGCGGUUACAGGGUUGACGAAAGGUAUUGAAGGUUUAUUUAAGAAGAACAAGGUGACCUAUGUGAAAGGUUAUGGGAAAAUUACUAGCCCCAACGAAGUCACUGUUGACUUGUUGGAUGGAGGUUCACAAACAGUGAAAGGAAAGAACAUUAUUAUAGCCACUGGUUCUGCUGUCAAGUCGCUUCCAGGUAUCACGAUUGAUGAGGAGAAGGUCGUGUCCUCCACAGGAGCCCUGAAAUUGAAGGAAGUUCCUGAGAAACUUGUGGUGAUUGGAGGAGGUUACAUUGGAUUGGAAAUGGGUUCAGUUUGGGGCCGGCUAGGUUCUCAGGUUACUGUUGUAGAAUUCGGUGAUGCCAUCGUACCUUCGAUGGAUGCAGAGGUCAGGAAAUCGUUCCAGCGGUCACUGGAGAAGCAGAAGAUGAAAUUCAAGCUCAAAACGAAAGUAGUGAAAGUGGAGGAUACAGGAAAUGGUUUGACACUUCACCUGGAAGCUGCCGAGGGGGGCUCACCUAGUACCUUGGAUGCCAACGUAGUUUUGGUUGCAGCUGGAAGAACGCCUUUCACCCAGGGUCUUGGACUAGAAGAGUUGGGUGUCAAGGUUGACAAGUUCGGACGAGUGGAAGUUGACCACAGUUUUGCGACCAAUGUUCCUGGAGUUUACGCUAUUGGUGAUGUUAUUCCAGGGCCAAUGCUUGCGCACAAAGCUGAAGAAGAUGGCGUUGCUUGUGUGGAACUUUUAGCUGGAAAAGCUGGUCAUGUUAAUUAUGACACUGUACCCGGAGUCGUGUAUACUCACCCGGAGGUAGCCAGUGUCGGGAAAACAGAAGAGCAGGUGAAAGCUGCCAAUAUCAAAUACAAUGUUGGAAAAUUUCCCUUCAUGGCUAACAGCCGAGCUCGCAGUAUCGAUGACGCGGAAGGUAUGGUGAAGAUUAUUGCAGAAAAGGAAACGGAUAAGAUUCUAGGUGUGCAUAUUAUGGGUCCCAGUGCUGGUGAACUGAUUCAUGAGGCUGUUUUGGCCAUGGAAUAUGGAGCCAGCAGUGAAGACAUUGCCCGUGUCUGCCAUGGUCAUCCAACUUUAAGUGAGGCUGUGAAGGAGGCUGCUAUGGCCACCUAUGACAAGCCUAUCCACUUCUGAGGUAUUUUUGGUAGUGUGCGCUUAGAACUUCCUUGAGUAUGUCAUCCCUGAUAUUGAUGAAUAAACUACCCUUGUACAAAUAACAUUCAAGGUUUUAUUGAAGUCACAUUCUCGUUUUUGAA